AUGGAGUCCCAAGGUCAGGGUCACCCCAGCUGGAACACUAGGGGCAGGCGUGCCACCAUCUUCCCCCAGAGAGAUGGGGCUAGAACUUUGGGGCUCUCUGCACUUCCUGCUCAAGAUGAGGCCGAGUUCCUGACCCCCCGCGAAAGGCGGUACAGGCCUCCCCUGGUCAAGAAGAGGGCCAUGUGCGACUUCAGGGUGAGGUGGCCAGAGAUAGUCUCCAAGGAACAGGAGACAGAGAGAGAGGACCUGCCCCGGCCCGGGCUGCAUCCCCUUGACAGGGUCGGCGACUUAAGCCCUUGCUCCUCAGUUGGCAGCAUCAGCCUCAAACCGCAGGACAGCAGCCACGGUGAUUUCCAGGGUUCCCAAGUAUCCCUCACCCACCUCCCGGAGACGCUGGCAAUGUCUCCCUACAUGAAGAUUCUCAACAACUAUCUGAAGCCACAGCUGAUGACUCGGCUGGAGAAGAGGGUGAGGAGGAAGACUUUGGUGGCCAUGAACCAGAUGGAGCAGGAGAUGGAAGCUGUUAAAUUACGUAGGGAAGUGCUGCUGAGGGACGCUAGGGAGCUGCAGGAUGAAAGGGCAUGCGAGGAAGCAGAGAACAAGCCCCUCGUGGACUACCUUAGGAUGAAAAACCAGAGAGCCCAGGAGAAAUACAACUUCCUGUGGAAAGAUUACAUCCAGCAGUGUCAGGAGAUAGAGAACAGGAGGCGAGAACUGGUCUCUGCCUUCGCCUCCCGCACCGACGACCUCCGGAAGCGGCUGUCGCAGGGCAAGAAGAUGGAGGUCGGGUUGAGGAAGAAGCGGAGGGCCCUGGAUCCCAUUGCACAGAUAAAGGAGAGCCAGGGCCGGGAAAAAGAGGCCUUAGAGCAGGAGGAAGCCAGCAUAGUGGCCGACAUCCCCUUCAUGGACCGGGAGGCACACUUGCAAUUCCUGAAGGAAAAAGCCGCCCUGCAGAAGCAAGUGGAGGAGCUGAACCUGCUGGAGUCAGGCGAGGGCAUCACCAGGGAGCUGAAGAAGAAGGCCAAGGCCUUGGCGGCUAUGGUCAAGCAGGCUCACAAGGACUUCUGUCAGGGUAUCAACGCCGAGAACCGGCGCCUGCGAACACAGCUCCAGCAGCUGGAUCGGGAAUUCCGUGAGCUGCAAAUCAGAAAGGAGGAGCUGGAACAGGGAAAGCAGCGGUGGAAAGAGCAGCAGUGGUACCUGGAGGCCCUGGCCCGGGGGCGGCAGCGCCUGCAGCGGCGGGAGUUCGGCCCCCCCAAACCGCAGGCUGCUCCCCACCCAACCCGGGGCAGACUACUGGAGGCCAGGCUGAAAACCAAUCCCAAGUAAUGGCUGCCACGUCCCAGGAAGCAGGCCGGAGCUGAAGUUGGGGGUAGCACACAAGAAAUGAAGAUGCUAUCUAUCAGGAUAAAGCAAAGGGGACAGAAAUCCCAAGGGGAUGGA